ACCCUGGACUUGUAGAAUUGUCGAAAACUUGACAGUUAGUUAUUUGUUGUUUACUUCUGUAGACUGUAGACGUUGUCUACUAGCUCCUCGUAUCAAACUCGACCGUACCGGCGAUAAGAAAAUAUACAAAAUUCUGAAGGACUAUCAGACAUCAUUAACAUUGUUGAUGCAACAUUGGUGAAGUGGAUUAAAGAUUCGAAUUUUGGAUGAAACCCUUUUAUUCAAAAAAACUUCCAACCAAAUAACCCCGCAAGAGUCAUUAUAUGCUCAGAAGUCUUAUAUUAGUAGUUUUUGUUACUAAACUAUUUGCACGUACACGUCCAAACUUUUUAUCAUCGAGCCAAAAUCUUAUCAAGUUUCGUACCAAUACUUCGUCAAAAACACCGAAAUUUCUAGGAAGUAUGGAUCUCAAUGAUGACUUAAUGCGUGGUGAUGACGGUGAUGUAUUAGAAGAUACAUUUGGGGAUGACUUCGAAAACCUUCGGCCAUUACCAGACGGGGAAUUUACAGUUAAAAGUAAAAAAUAUAAUAAUUUUGUGUUGGAUUUGUCUGAAAAUGUCGAUGGUGGUAUUAUCCAUAGUCACGAAUAUAACAGUGGGGAUAAUCAAACAUGGUUAUUUAAUUAUGAUUCCGAUAAAGAAGGUUAUACAUUGAAAAAUAAACAAAAUCCUGACCUAUUGCUGAACUGGAAUAGUCAAGAUGCGACAAAAGAAAAUAUUCUUCGAGGUUUCACAAAUAAUGAUAGCAGAAACCAUUACUGGCGUAUCGAACAGACCGAUGACGGAUAUUUUAAAUUUAAGAAUUUAAAUAAUAUAAAUAUGAUUCUAACAAUUCAGGAUAUAUUUAGUUCAUUUGGUGGAAAACAAGUUACAAUGGAUACAGAAAUUUCUUCUGAUCAAGAUAACUGUCAAAAAUGGAUAAUUAAUCCGGUCUAUUUUCAGACUAUACAAGAUGGCAAUUAUAAUAUAUUUAAUCGUAAUUUGCCAGAUAUAGUCAUAGGCCUCAAUGAUAAUCAAGAGGACUCUUUGGUUCAUGCUCAAAGAUAUUCUGUCAAGGAAAAUCAAGAGUGGAAGUUAAGUUACGAUAGAGAAAAGGAAGCUUAUACAAUAAAAUGUGCACUGAAUUUAGAUCUUUUACUAACUUGGGAUAGUAAUACUGCGACUAAAGAAAUGGUUCUUGGCGCAUAUAAAGAUAGCGGUAAUAAAAGCCAAUACUGGCGUAUCGAACGGACCGAUGACGGAUCUUAUAGACUUAGAAAUUUGAAACAUUUAAAUUCAAUUUUGAUUCUAAAUGCUGCAUCCUUUGACGGUCAAAAAAGCGGACUUAAACUAAUAGUUCAUAAAGAUUCUAGCGAUGAUGCUAAUAUUCAUUCACGUUGGACAAUUAAACCUGUAUCUUAUCAGUCCAUCUCAGAUGGUGAUUAUAAUAUAUUUAAUCGUAAUUUGACAGACAUAGUUAUUGAUUAUAGCAAUCGAGAGGAUUCCUUGGUUCACGGACAUAGCUACAUUGGAAAUGAUAGCCAGAUAUGGACGUUUGUAUAUAAUAGAGAGAAAAAAGCUUAUAUAAUAAAGAAUGGUCUAAAUACAGAUCUAUUGCUGUGCUGGAAUAGUAAUGCUACUUCUCAAGAAAUGUUUUUACGAGCAUAUUCCGAGAGCAGUUGUAAGAAUCAAUAUUGGCGCAUCGAAAAGGUUAAUGACGGAUCCUACAGACUUAGGGAUCUAGAGAAUACAGAAAAGUUAAUAACUGUAAUUGACAAAGACAGUCCAUAUGGAGGCAAAGAACUUAUAGUGAUUGAUAGUAAGGAAAGUGGAAAUGACAAAAUUACUGUUUCAAAUAGUUGGUUUUUGCAAAAAAUUGGAAAAGCAGCUAUACCAAAUGGUAAAUUUAAAAUUGCAACGAAGGCAAAUUAUAAGAAGGUAAUUAAUUCAAAUCAAGAAUCGAAGUUGAUUAUUACUGAUAAUCUAAAUCUUGUUACUAGCGAUUGGGAAAUUAAAUAUGACUCAACAAAAAGAGCAUAUACAAUACAUUCAUCAAAAUUCAAAAACCUCGGAUGGGUAUAUCAGAAUAAAAACUGUUUUGUUACGUUAGAUAAUAUAGAUGGGUCUAAUCUUCGAAAUUAUUGGAUGGUAGAAUAUAAAAUGCAAGCUGGUGGUUAUUUAAUAAGAAGCUUAUGUGACCCAUCGCAAGCAGUGAGCUAUUCUGACAACAAUCCCAUUACAACUGACAAUGCAACAUACUCCGUUAACCAAUUGUUUAAUUUUAUUAGAAAUUAACAAUUUAUAAGUUGAUUAUGAUAUUUACCUUAACACAUAAAAUUUCUACAGACAUUUGCCCGUGGCUACCAACCCUUCUAAAAUCGCAAGCAAACCUAGAAGCAAUUGAAACAAACAAAAAUCUGGGAUGACCUCCUAAAUCUUAUCAAGGUGAUAGAUUAUAUGUAUAUUUUAUAACAUACAGUGAGAAAGAUCUGAAUUUAUUUGUUUUUUAACCAAGUUAAAUAAUUUAUUGUAUUUAGGUAAUAUUUCAAUUUUACAUGCUGACAUAUAAACUUGGUUCUUUUUGUUGUUAAAAUCUCAGAGAUUUAUGCUUUUGCCUUAUUAUUUAUCAUAAUAUGCGUAGCUCUAAGAUUCUAUUAUUU